AAGUCAUUCAGUAUUAAUAAUUUAAUGAAGCGCGAGAUGUGAAUGUUAUAGCUGUUAUCUACAUUUUUUUACAGUUUAUCAUAUUAUGAAGAUUUCAUAUAAUUUUUAUAUUGUAAAAUAUAUUUUUUCGAUUUGGUAGAAUAAUUUUACAGCAGCAGAAUUAUGGCAGUACCCAGUGCUUAUCAGAAAUUAAUGCUGAAGGUCGCUUCGGCCUUACCCGAGAAAUUCCGCGUCGCGUUUCUGCAUCCCGCAGGUCCGACAACUGUGUUCUUCUGGGCGCCAACGUUUAAGUGGGGUCUGGUUAUCGCGGGCAUAGGAGAUGUUAAACGAUCCCCGGAUACGAUUUCUCUCAGUCAAACUGCGGCUCUUAUGGCUACGGGCGCUAUAUGGUCCAGAUACUCAAUGGUAAUAAUACCAAAGAAUUACAACUUGUUGAGCGUCAAUUUAUUCGUUUGUUGCACGGGAGGAUAUAACUUCAUCAGAGGAUUAUUAUAUCAAAUGGCGCAGAAGUGAAUAGAUACCAACAGCAUGCGGAUCGUGAAAUAAUUGAGGAAAUGCAGGAAAAUGAUUUAUGUGUUUUACGCAAAUGUACCUCGAAUUUUAUUAUACAGAAUUAUUUAACAGUCAC